GACGGUUUCAGUCUCCUAUAUUUCCCACUGAUCACCCUCAUACACUGCAAUACUGAUUCCAUAUACUUCUCUCUCACUCUUUAUUCGUAAAAAAGUGAAACCAGUGUUACCACUAUGGACACUAAGAUCGGAUCCAUCGACGCGUGUAACCCGAUCCACGACGAUAUCGGAGGUCCUCCUAACGGCGGCGUUUCCACUGUUCAAAACUCGAGUCCGCUUCACUCCACCGCCAUCACCUCCUGCGACGCAACUCUUGGCCGUUACUUAGCUAGACGUUUAGUCGAAAUCGGCGUCACCGACGUCUUCUCUGUUCCUGGUGAUUUCAACUUAACGCUUCUCGAUCACCUCAUCGCUGAACCGAACCUCAAGCUGAUCGGUUGCUGUAACGAGCUUAACGCUGGAUACGCUGCCGACGGUUACGCCAGAUCUCGCGGCGUUGGUGCGUGUGUCGUUACGUUCACCGUCGGUGGGUUGAGUGUUCUGAACGCGAUCGCCGGUGCUUAUAGUGAGAAUCUGCCUCUGAUUUGCAUCGUCGGUGGUCCAAACUCAAACGAUUACGGUACCAAUAGGAUUCUCCAUCAUACGAUUGGGUUACCUGAUUUCACUCAAGAGCUUAGGUGUUUUCAAGCUAUCACUUGUUAUCAAGCUGUGAUUAAUAACUUAGAAGAGGCUCAUGAACUCAUCGAUACUGCGAUUUCAACUGCUUUGAAAGAAAGCAAACCUGUUUAUAUUAGUAUCAGCUGUAAUCUGCCGGCGAUUCCUCUCCCGGCGUUUAGUCGUCACCCUGUUCCAUUCAUACUUCCGCCUAAGGUUAGCAAUCAGAUUGGUCUAGAUGCGGCGGUGGAGGCAGCGGCUGAGUUUUUGAACAAAGCUGUGAAGCCAGUUCUUGUAGGUGGGCCGAAAAUGCGGGUUGCUAAAGCUACGGAUGCUUUUGUGGAGCUUGCUGAUGCUUCUGGCUAUGGUGUUGCUGUGAUGCCUUCUGCCAAAGGACAAGUACCUGAGCAUCACAAGCAUUUUAUAGGGACGUAUUGGGGAGCUGUGAGUACAGCUUUUUGUGCGGAGAUUGUUGAAUCUGCGGAUGCUUAUUUGUUUGCAGGUCCGAUUUUCAACGAUUACAGUUCUGUUGGGUACUCUUUGCUUCUCAAGAAGGAGAAGUCGAUCAUCGUGCAGCCUGAUCGGGUUACUAUCGGUAACGGACCUGCGUUUGGGUGUGUUCUUAUGAAGGAGUUUCUUAGCAAAUUGGCUAAACGGAUUAAGCAUAACAACACUUCCUAUGAGAAUUACCACAGGAUCUUUGUCCCAGGAGGAAAGCCUUUGAGAGAUAAUCCAAAUGAGCCUUUGAGGGUUAAUGUUCUGUUCCAACACAUUCAGAAUAUGCUCUCUUCUGAUACUGCUGUGCUUGCCGAGACUGGAGAUUCCUGGUUCAACUGUCAGAAGCUGAAGCUCCCUGAAGGAUGCGGUUACGAAUUCCAAAUGCAAUACGGAUCAAUUGGUUGGUCAGUUGGUGCUACUCUUGGCUAUGCUCAAGCCAUGCCAAACAAGCGUGUCAUUGCCUGUAUUGGAGAUGGUAGUUUCCAGGUAACUGCGCAGGAUGUAUCUACAAUGAUACGGUGUGGGCAAAAGACCAUAAUUUUCCUAAUCAACAACGGAGGCUACACAAUUGAAGUGGAGAUUCACGAUGGUCCUUACAAUGUCAUAAAGAACUGGAACUACACGGCUUUUGUUGAUGCUAUACACAAUGGAGAAGGCAAAUGCUGGACUGCCAAAGUGAGAUGCGAGGAGGAGCUAGUGAAAGCGAUCAACACAGCAAUGAAUGAGGAAAAAGAGAGCUUCUGUUUCAUUGAAGUGAUUGUGCACAAAGAUGAUACAAGCAAGGAGCUUCUGGAGUGGGGUUCUAGAGUCUCUGCUGCUAACAGUCGUCCCCCGAAUCCUCAGUAGAGAUAAGAGAUGCACUCAACUUUUAUUUCCACUAUGGUAGUUUCAUCAUCGUUUUAUGUAAAAAAGUAGUGUAUCCUUUUACACCCAUCUGGAUGGGAAAACAAUGUGUGUCCCCUUGAGGGUAUAAGCUGUUUAAGUGCCUAAAUAAGAAAUCGUUUCCUCUGCUUCGUC